AUGAAAAUUUACAAAAUCAAGGAUUCGGGUUUUAGGUUCCGAGUUGAUCCAAAUGAAAACUUAACAAAAUAUCGUUUUAAAUUUGAUAAAGAUAAUAUUUUAGUAAACAGUCAAAAACUCAGUACAACGGAUUCCAUUCAACGUAGUACAUCAUCAAAUACCGAUACUUUAACAUCAACAGAUGGGACAAGUGUUCAAAUUACAUAUAAUCCUUUCUCACUCAAAUUUAUGAACGAUGGUGUUACGUACCUUCAAGUCAACUCCGAAAACUUCAUGUUCAUUGAGGAUGGAAGCGAAAUAACUGAGACAGGAACCGAAAAUUUUCCUCACGGAAAAACAGCUGUAGGUAUAGAUAUUUCCUUCAUGACAUCUGGCAUAAGACUUACCGGUUUUGGUGAAAAUACGAAGUCAUUAAAUCUUCAAGAUACAACAUCUGAAAGAAAGUUCAUCAGACCAGAGUUCGGAUACAACGGAUAUGUUCCUUUACUUAUUGGGCAUUCAUCAAGUCUCAAACUUAAUCCUUCAAUUUUUUGGAUGAAUCCAACCGAUACUUUUUACAGUUUGAAGACUACAAGCGAUAAGAAAGUAUUCAAAAUCAUAUCAGAAGGCGGAUUUAUCGAUAUUGUCUUCUUUAUUGACAAAAUUUCAUCUGUCAUUACAAAAUAUGAACAAAUUACAGGCAGAGCACCACAACCACCAGCAUAUGCAUUUGGAUACCAUCAGAACCGUGAAAGUUACGACACAAUUGAUAAAAUUAAUGAAGUUUUGAACGGAUUUUCUUCAAAUGAGAUUCCUCAUGACACAAUAGUCAUUAAUUCAGACAAAUUCACUGACGCACAGAUCACAAACUUGAAAGACACUUUAACUUCUCAAAAUCGUUACUUAAUUUUACAGAAAAAGCCACAAAUAAAAAUUGACGCAAAUAACAAUAUUUACAAAGAAUUUCUUGAUGAAAAGAUCUUCCUCCAAAAGCCACAAACAGAAACCACAACUCCAGAAACAACAGAUCCUUCUGAACCAGCAAAUCCUUCUGAAACAACUGAAGAAAAUUCAUUAAGAAAAUUAUUUUCAUUUGAAAAAUCAUCAAAUGGAAACAAAAACAUAUUGGUUUAUUCAAAGAAAGCAAACAAUUUCAACAUUUUAGAAGAAACACAAAAUGAUGAUAUCUUUGCUGUCGGAUUGAAUGAAAAUGAUAAAAAUUGUUCUUACCCUGAUGUCAUAAAAUCUGACUAUAGAUCACUUUACACAAGUAAAGUGUCAAAUGGCAAUUAUUAUAUACAAAAUUCACAAAUUUAUGUGAAUGAUCAACAAGAUUUUACCGAAAAUAAAGAAUGGCUCCGCAUAUAA